ACCUUAUUCAUUAAACAUGAAACUCAUGCUUAUUAUUAAACAUUAAACUUAUUAUUAUCAUCUUUAUUUAUUAAGCAAGAAACUCAGUCAACUGAACAUUCAAAAAGGCAUCACAAAUACCAAUGACUGGUGCUAAUGGUUGAUAUGGGUUGCUGCCAGUGUCCUGGCUAUCAACCAAGUACCUACUUAAGAUGUACGUAUGUAUUUAUUUACUUUAUUCAUUAAACAUGAAACUCAUGUUCUUAUUAAACUUAUUAAACUUCUUCUUCUUCUUCUUCUUCUUCUUCUUCUUCUUCUUCUUCUUCUUCUUCUUCUUCUUCUUCUUCUUCUUCUUCUUCUUCUUCUUCAUCAUCAUCAUCAUCAUCAUCAUCACCAUCUUUUUCGCAAAAGAACUUCGCAUCGGCCCAAGGGGAAGAGAGCGAGCGAGCGAACAAGGCGGCGCGGCGCAUCCCUCCCGCAGCCCAAUUGCAGGCGCUUCCAGCCGCUCGCCUUUUAGGGCUUUCCCGGCUGGACUGAACGGCGGGAGGCGAGGCUCCAACCCGGGUCCGCCUCCGCGCUCAUCCCCGCCCCGCGCCGGCGCUCUGCUCCCUGGCCGAGGGAUGUCCAGCAAGGAAGGCGAGGGCGCCGCUGGAGAGGAAGGGGCGCAAGAGGAUCAGGAGGAGGAAGAGGAGGAGGAGGUGGUGGAAGUCCGGCUGGGCGAUCGCCGCUUCCCGCCGGUGCGCAAGAAGCGUCUGAUCGAGCAAAGCGAUUAUUUCCGCGCUCUCUACCGCUCGGGCAUGCGGGAGGCGGUGGAGGAGGCGGCUGCGGGGGGCGCCGGGUUGGCGGUGCAGCAGCUGCGCGGCGGGCUGAGCGAAGCCGGCCUGGCUCGGGUCUUGCAGUUCAUCGAGACGGCGCGGCUGGCUCAGGAGGAGCCGCCCGAAGCCGGAGCUCUGGCCGAGCUGGUGGAGGCCGCUUCCUUCCUGCAGGUGACGCCGCUGCUCCGCCUGCUGCGCUCCCGGGUGCGGCUGCCCAACUGCCUGGAGCUCCAUCACUUGGCGCAGGUCUACGGGCUGCCCGAGCUGGGCGAUGCUUGCCUCGACUUCAUGACCGGCCGUCUGCAUCAGCUGCUGGCCCGGCCCGAAGCCCGCCUGCCCUGCUUGCUGCCCGAUGCCCUGGCGCAUCAGCUCCGCCAGCGCCGCCACCGGGGCCGGCCGGCUCUGCUUCUCCUGGGUAGCUUCCCCGAUCGGCCGCCGCUGCUGCGCUACGAGGAGGAGAAGCGGCGCUGGGAGCCUCUGCCGCCCGCCGAGCCGCCCGCCGACCUCCUCCAGGUGCGCGGCUUCGGCUGGGCUGCCCUGGACAACUACCUGUUCGUGGCGGGCGGCUACCGGCCGAGCAGCCAGGAGAUCGCAGCCGCCCACCGUUACAACCCUUGGCUGAAUGAGUGGCGCCAGCUGGCCUCCAUGAACCAGAAGAGGGCUAAUUUUAAACUCUUGGCCGUGAGUGGAAAAUUAUAUGCCGUUGGGGGCCAAUCCCUCUCCAGCGUUGAGUAUUACAACCCAGAGCAGGAUGGCUGGACCUUCGUGGCACCUUUACCAGCUCCCCUUGUGGAGUUCUCGGCCUGUGAAUGCAAGGAGAAGAUAUAUGUCAUGGGAGGCUACACGCCAAGAGACCGGAAUCUGAGUAUCUGGGAAUAUUGUCCCAUCUCUGACAAGUGGACUGACUUCGAAACCUGUGGAUUGCACAUCCGCAAGCAGCAGAUGUUAUCGGUGGAAGAGACCAUCUACAUAGUUGGCGGCUGCAGCCACGACUUGGAUUCCGAUAAGAGAUCUGGUCAGAAUGAGGACAUGUUAACUGUGCAGUCUUACAACGUGGUUACCAAACAAUGGCUCUACCUCAAAGAAAACACAUCAAAAUCGGGUCUGAACUUGACUUGCACUUUGCACAACGAUGGCAUUUACAUCCUGAGCCGGGAUAUUAUUUUGUCCACAAGCUUGGAGCACCGGGUUCUUUUAAAAUAUAAUAUAUUUUCCGACCGGUGGGAGUCGCUGAGAAACUUCCCCACCCCUGGACAAAACAUGUUGAUCUGUUCCUUGUAUUUUCCAAAUCUGAUCUGAAUUCCAUUUGUGGCAGAGCAGAGAUUUCUUCAACUGUUCCACCAUUUUUUUUUAUUUUUGCACAGUGGCUCCCAACUUUAGCCCCUUUUAGAUGCAUAAACUUCAACUCCCAGAAUUCCCCAGCCCAGCAUGGAGAUCUGGGAAUUGGAAGUCUACAAAAGUAUCCUAGGAUGGGAAACUCUGCUUUCACAGAAUGUUUUAAGAUACGAUGCUCAAAGUGUUACUAUUGCAACUGAGAAAAGUGGGAGGAGGCAAAGGAUAAAUGGGUACAGAUGCAAACUGAUGUGCGUCAGUCUAACUUCACUGCAAGGGGUGUGAUGCCGAAACGAGAACGUUAUUCAUGUCGAAGUUAGCGAGCCUUUGCCGUUGGGUGCAGAGAAACUUGUGUAAGAUCAGGGAAAAUACUGUGAAUAAAUUUACUGUUUCAUAUGGAUGGCAUCGUUUCCCAUCAUACUUGAAAUAUUCUUCCACUGGCUUUUCCCAAAACAUUUUGGCCGGGGAGAUUGAAUAAGCAUCAUCAGGAAUAUGAUUUGGAUUGGUGAUGUGAUUAAAACCACGCUGCUUUGUAUGUCCAUAUCUUGACUUUUUGGACAUCCCUAGAAGCCAACAGAGGUUGAAUUGGAAUACCGUAUUUUUUGGAGUAUAAGAUGCACCUGCCUUUUUUGGGGGAGGAAAACAAGAAAAAAAAAUCUACCGCCCAGCAAUUUGCCUUCUUGCAGCAAACAGCCUGUUUCAGUUUCAGCACAGCCUGAUUAGCACAAGAAAAAACAACUCUGCCUCUGCCUCCCAGCAAUUUGCUUCCUUGGAGCAGAGGCUGCGUGUGGAGGUGGCAAUAGGCCAUGGCAAUCCCUGCAGCCUGAAACAGCUGAUGGUCGGGAGGCCGAUCCAACCGACAAUCAGCUGCUUGUGCUAAUCAGGCUGUGCUGAAGCUGAAACUGAAAUGGGCUGUUUGUUGUUUGCUGCAAAGAGGCAAAUUGCUGGGAGACAGAGGCCAAAGGGUGGGGGCCAGCGGGUGGGCAGGGCUACAUUCGGUGUAUAAGAUGCACCCAAAUUUUCACCCUCUUUUAAGGUGGGUUGGGGGAAAUGCAUCUUAUACUCUGAAAAAUACGGUAAUUACUUUGAAAGUAGAAGAGGAAUCUUGUGAGAAUAUGUGAUCGGGAAGACGGCAUGGUCUGAGCGGAAGAAAAAUGCCUAUUUUAUUUAUUUAUUUAUUUAUUUAUUUAUUUAAUCAUAUUUAUAUACCGCCCUAUCUCCCGAAGGACUCAGGGCAGUUCACAGGCACUUAAAAAACACAUAAAUACAAUAUAAAAGCAGUUAAAAAACUUAUUCUAAAAGCCCGUUAAUUAAAAUAUAAAAAUAAAAC